UUGCAUGUGCUCAAUUCGCAAUAUAGCUCUCAAGAAAAUUUCUUGAUUUCUCGCUUCUAAUAUUAUAAACUUUGGAAAACAAAGAACAUUUUAGUGCCGGAAUUAGUGAAGUGUGAUACGAAACGUUUAUUUUACGAUCGUGAGUUUUCAAACAUUUAUUGAAAGUGAGUGAGUACGUUGGUGCCUGUGGCAGAUCUUAUUCUGCGUGGGUCGCAGCUUGUUGCCGGGAACAGGAUUUACCACUGCUCUAACCUCAUUUUCUGGUCCGGAAAACUCGCACACUAUCAAAAUGGCUAGUACUGUAUUUACUGUAAAACCAUUCCAGUUUAUACAAUUUAUCCAAGUCGGCAGACAACCAAAAAAACGGUCUGUUAAAAUUACCCUUCUUAAAUGGAUGAAAUUCGAUAAGAUUAAAAAGAAAAUUGUAUCAAAAUUUAUGCCUGAACCAUAUACAGAAGAGACUAACGAAAUAUUGUAUAAGAUGAUAAAGCAACAUCAGGAUGCAUCACCAAAUUGGCCUGAAUACUGCAUAAAAAUCCUUGGACACACAGAUACCUACGAACAGUCAGUGGAGCGCCUUAAUAUUAUACGGAUGGAAGAAUUUGAUUUCACAACGGACUCCAAAAUUGACAAUACAGAAAAAAGGGAGCGAAUAGAGAAAAUGAUUAAAGAUCAUAAUCCGUACGACAAUAACCUGGAUGACAUUUUGGAAGCACCUUCUUUAAAACAAAUGGUUGUGAAAAACACAGAAAAAAGUGUCAGAUCCUCUUGCUGUUGCUGAUAAGGAAGAAGACACUUAUUUAGAUUUAAUUUGUGAGACUCCCAUUCGAAAUCAGAUGCUGCUAAAAAAUAGGAAAAGAAAAGUCUUAGAUGAAGAAGAAGAAGAAGAUACGUCAUUUUCUAAAAAAAGAAAACAUGAACUUCCCUCAUCAUUCAGAAGAAAAGAAAACUGCGGCAUUGUCAUAUUAUAAAAUUGGUCUUUCAAAAUUAAAUAUAAAACCACACAAAUCUACAUUGUCUUAAAACAAUCAUAUCCUUAUGCAGCCAUUGGUGUACUACUCGAGAGAAUUAAUUUUCUCGUAGGAGAGGUAGUUGAACUCAAAAGUGAGAUGAAGUAUUUGAGGGCUGCAAUGGAAGUUGAGAAAAGCUCAAAAUUUGUUGAGCAAAAAACUUUUGAGGAAGAUUUUGAUAUUAAGUUACCUAUGCAAAACUUGGACGACUUAUACGCCAUCGAUUCGAAAAUCUUAAGUGAAGAAUGCUGUCAACGCUUUUUAAUUAUAUAAAUUAGUUAAAUUUAAUAAUAAAUAUUUGGAAUAUUUAAUUACUAAAUAGAGUUUAUUGUUUUACAGAAGGGAUCUUUGGACUUCCAUUUAAAUUUUAAUGCAGAACAUCGAAAAUCAAUUGGAAUAUUGGAAUAUUCUCAGCAAAAAUUUAAUACCUUCCCUUACUGUGACCAAAAAGGUUCCAGGAAAGGAAUUGUUUAAAGAUUUCAAAUUUUGCACAUGUUUACUGGGUAAAAACGUUUAAUUUAAAAGAAGACUGAAGUCCGCAACGUAUUUACAAACGAAAACUUAAAAUAAUCAUAUAUUUAGCAGUCAAUUUACCACUAAUUUUGAUUUGUACUAAUGUCCAAGAAAUUAAUACUUCUUUAAAAGACAGUAACCACCAUAUAACUUUAAUUUUGAGCCAAAAUACUUCAUACAGUUGUGACACGUCGCUGUAUUUUUAAGUUUAUUGUAAUAAGGGACAGGAACUUCUUCCUCUAGAAAGCGGUCUAGACCGCAUUCCUUACGUAACACAAUAGAAUAGCAACCUGACUUUUCGCCAAAAGUGGCCGGCAAAGUCAGACUAAUGUAGACAGGCAUACGUGCAUCACGCUUUCUU